GACGAAUCAGCGAUGGCGACAGAGUGAAAGUUGAAGGUGUCAGCAGAACAACAUGGAGGCGGAGUGAAGCUGAACAAACACUCAAACACUUCAACCCGAGCAGGAGCGGUUCGGCCCCGAAGCUGUCUGGUGUCCUUCCAGCAGUUUAUUAGAUGUCCACCCCCUCAGACACACCAGGUGGUAUGUCCCAUCCUGGCCCUUCUCCGGGGCCCGGCCUCUCCCCAGGGCCCAUCUUGGGCCCCAGCCCUGGACCGGACCCUUCCCCAGGCUCUGUUCACAGUAUGAUGGGACCCAGUCCUGGACCUGGACCUGGAACACCCAAUGCACCUCAUGGCAUGCAGGGCCAGGGCGAAUACUCUCAGGACAGCAUGUAUCCUAUGCACAAGCCCAUGGACGGGAUGAAUGAGAAGUCGAUGCCAGACGCGAUGCACUUUGGUCACAUGAAAGGUGUGGGGAUGAGAUCUCUGCAUAGUGGGAUGGGGCCUCCACAGAGUCCCAUGGACCAGCACAGCCAAGGAUACAUGUCUCCCCAUCCAUCCCCCAUGGGCGUCCAUGAGCAUUCUUCUAGCCCAAUGUCGGGAGGUGGAGGUAGUGGCGGUCCCACACCGCCCCAUAUCCCGCCCUCACAGUCAGGCCCCAUGAUGCCCAUGGAUCCCCAGGGAGGCAUGCCCAGUAUGUCCAACAUGGGCCAGCAGGCGCGAGGACCUUCUGCUUUCAACCCGGUCCAGCUGCAGCAGCUCAGAGCUCAGAUCCUGGCCUACAAGAUCCUGGGCCGCGGGCAACCCCUGCCUGAAAACCUCCAGCUGGCUGUUCAGGGCAAGAGGAGCCUACCCAUAAUGCCUCAGCAGCAGCAGCAGCAGCAACCACAACCAAGUGCGAGUCCCUACAACAGGCCUCCAGGAAUGGCAAUGGCCCCUUUGGGUGGACCCCAGUUGAGUCCCUGUGCGACCCCGACCAUGCAAGGACACAAUCAGAGCUUAGGACCCAAGCCUUGGUCUGAUGGUCCCGGUGGUGAUAAUCAAGCCAAUGCCCAGAAGCACCUAACCCAAGCUUCCAGUGGACGCCCGUCCCCGGCACCAGCUCAGGCUGUGGCUGUGCCGACUGGGCCGAUGCCAGGCGGGCCAGUGGCCCCUCAGCCCCCCGGGCAGCAGGCGUCCCCCAUGGUCCAGAUGCAGCAGAAGCAGAACCGGAUCACGCCGAUCCAGAAGCCCCACGGUCUGGACCCAGUGGGAAUCCUUCAGGAGAGGGAGUACAGAUUACAGGCUCGGAUUGCUCAUCGGAUCCAGGAGCUGGAGAGUCUGCCGGGCUCGCUGCCUCCGGACCUGAGGAACAAAGCCACAGUGGAGCUCAAAGCUCUGCGCCUGCUCAACUUUCAGAGACAGCUGAGGCAGGAUGUGGUGGCGUGCAUGAGGCGAGACACAACCCUGGAGACCGCCCUCAACUCGAAGGCGUACCGACGCAGCAAGCGGCAGACGCUGAGGGAGGCCCGCAUGACCGAGAAGCUGGAGAAGCAGCAGAAGCUGGAGCAGGAGAAGAAGCGCAGGCAGAAGCAUCAGGAAUAUCUCAACAGUAUCCUUCAGCAUGCCAAGGACUUCAAGGACUACCACCGCUCUGUGACCGCUAAGGUCCAGAAAGCCACCAGAGCCGUCAUGAACUGGCACACCAACACCGAGCGGGAGCAGAAGAAGGAGACUGAGAGAAUCGAGAAGGAGAGGAUGAGGAGGCUCAUGGCAGAAGAUGAGGAAGGCUACAGAAAACUCAUCGACCAGAAGAAAGACAAGCGUCUGGCGUACCUGCUGCAGCAGACGGAUGAAUACGUGGCCAACCUCACCACGCUGGUGUAUGAACACAAAGCCGCCCAGGCCGCCAAGGACAAGAAGAAGAAGAAGAAGAAGCCGAAGAAGAAGGUGGAUGGAGAUGGUGAAGGCACCAGCGCCAUUGGACCUGAUGGAGAGCCCAUGGACGACAGCAGCCAGAUGAGUGAGCUGCCCGUCAAGGUGAUCCAGACGGAGACCGGGAAAGUCCUGCAGGGAACCGACGCUCCCAAGUCCAGCCAGCUGGAGGCCUGGCUCGAGAUGAACCCUGGGUAUGAAGUCGCCCCGCGGUCAGACAGCGAGGAGAGCGAGUCUGAGUUCGAGGAGGAGGAGGAGGAGGGGGGGGCCAAGGCAGAACCAGAGGAGCAGAAGAUAAUCGAUCCGCAUGGAAACCUAGUGACUGUGAAAGUGGCCAAGCACAUCAUUGAGUCUGCCAAGCAGGAUGUGGAUGAUGAGUACAGUGUUCCUACUGGACAGACCAGCACCCAGUCCUACUACGGUGUGGCCCACGCUGUCAUCGAGAGGGUGGAGAAGCAGUCGUCGCUGCUGAUCAACGGGUUGCUCAAGCACUACCAGGUCCAGGGACUGGAGUGGAUGGUGUCUCUAUACAACAACAAUCUGAACGGCAUCCUGGCUGAUGAGAUGGGCCUCGGCAAAACCAUCCAGACCAUCGCCCUCAUCACGUACCUGAUGGAGAACAAGAGGAUCAACGGCCCCUUCCUCAUCAUCGUUCCUCUCUCGACUUUGUCAAAUUGGAUCUAUGAACUUGACAAGUGGUCACCGUCUGUUGUGAAAAUUGCCUACAAGGGGACCCCCGGCCUGAGGCGUGGACUCGUCCCUCAGCUGCGCAGCGGGAAGUUCAACGUCCUGUUGACCACCUAUGAGUACAUCAUCAAGGACAAGCAAAUACUGGCCAAGAUUCGUUGGAAGUACAUGAUCGUGGACGAGGGUCACCGCAUGAAGAACCACCACUGCAAGCUGACCCAGGUGCUGAACACCCACUAUGUGGCCCCCCGACGUCUCCUCCUCACCGGGACGCCGCUGCAGAACAAGCUCCCCGAGCUGUGGGCCUUACUCAACUUCCUGCUGCCCACCAUCUUCAAGAGCUGCAGCACCUUCGAGCAGUGGUUCAACGCCCCCUUCGCCAUGACAGGGGAGAGGGUCGACCUCAACGAGGAGGAGACCAUCCUGAUCAUCCGCCGCCUGCACAAGGUGCUCCGCCCCUUCCUGCUGCGCCGACUGAAGAAGGAGGUGGAGUCACAGCUGCCAGAGAAGGUGGAGUACGUCAUCAAAUGUGACAUGUCGGCCAUCCAGAAGGUUCUGUAUCGCCACAUGCAGAAAGGCAUCCUGCUCACAGACGGCUCAGAGAAAGACAAGAAGGGUAAAGGUGGAGCGAAGACCCUGAUGAACACCAUCAUGCAGCUGAAGAAGAUCUGCAAUCAUCCCUACAUGUUCCAGCACAUUGAGGAAUCUUUUGCAGAGCACAUGGGUUAUCCAAACGGAAUAAUCAGCGGGCCUGAUCUGUACCGAGCGUCCGGGAAGUUCGAGCUCCUGGAUCGCAUCCUGCCGAAGCUUCACGCCACCAACCACCGCGUCCUGCUCUUCUGCCAGAUGACCACUCUCAUGACCAUCAUGGAGGACUACCUCAGCUUCCGCAACUUCCAGUAUUUACGUCUCGAUGGAGCCACCAAGGCCGAUGAUCGAGCUCUGCUGCUGAAGAAAUUUAACGAGGAGGGAUCCCAGUACUUCAUCUUCCUGCUCAGCACCAGAGCCGGCGGCCUGGGCCUCAACCUGCAGGCGGCCGACACCGUCAUCAUCUUCGACAGCGACUGGAAUCCCCACCAGGACCUCCAGGCUCAGGACCGCGCUCACCGCAUCGGGCAGCAGAACGAGGUGCGCGUGCUCCGCCUCUGCACCGUCAACAGCGUGGAGGAGCAGAUCCUGGCAGCGGCCAAGUACAAGCUGAACGUGGAUCAGAAGGUGAUCCAGGCCGGCAUGUUUGACCAGAAGUCCUCGAGCCACGAGCGGCGCGUCUUCCUCCAGGCCAUCCUGGAGCACGAGGAGCAGAACGAGGAGGAAGACGAGGUUCCUGAUGACGAGACCCUGAACCAGAUGAUCGCCCGCUUGGAGGAUGAAUUCGAGCUCUUCAUGCGCUUUGACAUGGACCGACGCCGGGAGGACGCCCGCAACCCGAACCGCAAGCCCCGUCUGAUGGAGGAGGACGAGCUGCCGUCCUGGAUCAUCAAGGACGACGCGGAGGUGGAGCGGCUCACGAUCAACGACGAUGACGACCGGCCGUUCGGUCGAGGGUCGCGUGGCCGUCGGGAUGUGGACUACAGUGACGCGCUGACCGAGAAGCAGUGGCUACGGGCCGUGGAGGACGGGAACCUGGAGGAGAUGGAGGAGGAGAUCCGGCUGAAGAAGAGGAAACGCAAGAGGCGCCCGGAGAAGGAGUCGUCGAGCAGAGACGAGGGAAGCAGCAAAGCCAAGAAGAAACGUGGACGUCCCCCGUCCGAGAAGCUGUCCUCCAACCCCCCCAAGCUCACCAAGCAAAUGAACACCAUCAUCGACACGGUCAUCAACUACAGGGACGGGGCAGGGAGACAACUGAGCGAGGUCUUUGUCCAGCUGCCGUCCAGGAAGGAGCUGCCAGAAUAUUACGAGCUGAUCAGAAAACCUGUGGACUUCAAAAAGAUCAAGGAACGUGUGAGGAGUCACAAAUACAGAGUCAUCGGAGACCUGGAGAAGGACGUGAUGCUGCUCUGUCACAACGCACAGACCUUCAACCUGGAGGGGUCACAGAUAUACGAAGACUCCAUUGUCCUUCAGUCUGUUUUCAAGAGCGCGAAGCAGAAGAUCGCCAAGGACGAGGAGAGCGAGGACGACAGCGAGGAGGACGAGGAGGACGAGGAUGAGUCCGAGGCCGAGGCCAAGUCGGUGCGGGUGAAGAUCAAGCUGAGCAAGGAGGGGCGGAGCUACGACAAAGGCAAGAAGAGGCCGAGCAGGGGGAAGGCCAAGCCGGUGGUCAGCGACGACGACAGCGAGGACGACCAGGACGAGAACGAUCAGUCAGACAAGAGUAAGAGCGAUGACGAGUGAGACGAGGACCUGAGGAUGUUGUUUGAAGCACUUAAAGAAACAAAAGAACAAUAUCUUCCUUCGCUGUCCCUCUCGUGCAACUUCUCUUUUUUUAUUUGACUCCAUUUGUCUCUUUGUAUUUUGUGACUCUGUCCCUUGUCCCACCAGCUUGGAAAUGUAUUACUAUCAAUAAGCUAAAGCAAUACCGCUGAUAUUCCUGUUUUUAAGACAGUUUUUUAGUAUAUUUUUUAACUCGGCGCUUUGACUAAGAUUUCAAUUCUGUACGGAAAAAUGAAAAAAAAAAAGAAAAGUUGUUAUAUGUAUGCUUCACGCGCUUUUUGCUUUGUUU